AUGGAGAUGCAAGCCGCGUGUGCAGCCUCCCGCCACAACCACCGCUCGCUGCACAUUAAAUACUCUAUCACACACAAGCAGCAGACUCAGCAGGUCGUCUCCAGCAGCGGGUCCGGCGCCUCCGCGCGCUCCGCCGCCGCCGUCGACGUCGACGUGCAGAUCGCCUUCUGCGAGGACGACUUGUACAGCCGCCGCGGCCGCGCCUCGUCGUCAGAGUGCGCGCGCAGCACUGGCGGCCCGCGCGGCGACAGCGCGGCGGCGGCGCGCGGCGAGCACGUGCAGCGCGGCGCGCGUGCGCACUCGCACCCGCUGCGACCGCACGCUUCGCACACCGCAGCCGCGCGCUGCAGCCGCCCGCGUCGCCGCGCUCGCGUGCUCGGGCUGCGCACCCACGGGUCACCACGCACGCGCCUUUCCGCGCUCUUCAGAUCCACCUCGCUCAUCUUGCGCCACGGGUCGCCGAGCACCGGCCGCACCCGCAGCGACGCGUCCGGCGAGGAUCGCUCGCUGCGCGUCACCGGUCGCAACGGGGAGGGCGCGGGCGAGGGCGCCGGGGAGAGCGCGAGAGAGCGCGCGGGCGAGGGCGCGGGGCAGGGCGAGGGCGCGCGGGAGGCGAGCGGCGAGGCGCGCGGGCGCUCCGAGUGCGAGCGCGCGCGCGGCGCCGGCUCGCGGCUGGCGGGCGUGACGUCACUGAGGGAGCGCAGAUGGAUGCGGCGCCGCACGCCGGCGGGCGAGUCGGUGUCGGUGACGCUGAUGCUGAUGUUGUGCGCGAGGCGGGGACUGCGGGGGCUGCGCGCGGCGGACGCGGGCGGAGGCGGUGGCGGGGGCGCGGGCUCGGGGUCUGCACGUUUGUCGCGGUCGCGCGAGGUGUGCGGGCUCGCGGGACCGUUGGCGCUGGAUUUGUUGGGGCCGGCCCGACUGGGCCCGGCCCCCGCUAGCUAG